CGGAUUCUGCUGCCUUUUUCUGUUGCCUGCGGUUCUCUGGGAAAGCUUAUAGUCGGACUAAGUGGAGACAAAACAGUCAGGCUGAUGGCACCAGAGGCUGGAGAGCGCAGGAGGAUCGGGGGGCAGUAAGUGAGGCCGGCGGAUGAGGAAUCGCCGAAGCGCAGCAGAGAAUCGCAGGCGGCUGUGGAUCUGAUUUUUCACUGCGAGGUUUUUGGAUCGGAUCGGGCCGGAUCAUGCCUCGGUCAUCUAUUGUAGACGUGAAGGUGCAGGACGUACAAAAAAGACGGAUCCCAAAUAAGCAUUAUGUUUACAUCAUUCAAGUCACAUGGUCCAAUGGUUCCACAGAGGUCAUCUACAGACGCUACAGCAGGUUCUUCAAUCUGCAGAUGCAGCUGUUGGAUACAUUCCCAGUGGAAGGAGGCCAGAAGGAUCCCAAGCAGCGAUAUAUUCCUUUCCUGCCAGGUAAAAUCCUCUUCAGGCGAAGUCACAUCAGGGAUGUUGCAGUCAAGCGGUUGAAACCAAUUGAUGAAUAUUGCAGGGCCCUCAUCCGACUACCAGCCCAUAUCUCUCAGUGUGAUGAAGUUCUCCAGUUCUUUGAAACAAGACCUGAGGACUUAAACCCACCUAAAGAGGAACCAAUUGGAAAGAAGAAAUCUGGGCUUGCAAUAAUCCAGAGAACGACUUCGUUUCUAAAGAGAGGUGGAGAUGGGGCAUCUGCUGACCAGUUUUUCCUGGAUCAAUAUGUGGCAGUGACCAAUUAUGACAAGCAGGAAAGCACCGAGAUCAGCCUGCAUCAAGGACAAGUAGUGGAAGUAAUUGAGAAAAAUGAAUCUGGAUGGUGGUUUGUGAGCACAGCUGAUGAGCAGGGUUGGGUCCCUGCCACGUGUCUGGAGGCCCAGGAUGGAGCUCAGGAUGACCUUUCAAUUGUUAGUGCCAAGCCAGGGGAAGAAGAGAAUUUUAUUGUCAUUUAUCCGUACUCAGCAAGAGAUAAUGAUGAGAUUGAUUUGGAAAGGGGUGCAGUGGUGGAGGUUAUACAGAAGAACCUGGAAGGCUGGUGGAAAAUCAGAUAUCAAAAUCGGGAGGGGUGGGCCCCUGCCUCUUACUUGAAAAAGGCUACCAGUGAUCUCUUGGGUCAGAAAAUAAUUUCAGGGCAAUCUAUCCAUUCAAGUGCAAUGGACCUUGAUGGAAUUGGAAAACAUUCAGCCUCCACUAAAGAGAUCAGAGAGAAGACAUCAUUAUUUGACCAGAAAGAUGAAAAAAUCGAGAUCCGAGGGGCAGCAUGUGCUGAUGCGAAAGGCAAGUUACCAAACAUGAGACAGAGGCCACCCCCACGAAGAGAUCUUACUGUGCCACGUGGAUUGAACCUUCCCAAACCACCAACUCCUCCUGAAGUAGAAGAAGAGUUUUACACCAUAGCUGCUUUCCAGACGACCAUUCCCGAUGGCAUCAGUUUUCAGGCAGGACAGAAAGUUGAGGUAAUAGAAAAGAACUUAAGUGGUUGGUGGUACAUUCAGAUAGAUGACGAGGAAGGAUGGGCUCCAGCUUCCUUCAUUGACAAGUACAAGAAAUCAAGUAAUGCUUCAAGGGCAAAUUUCCUUCCGCCUUUAGCACAAGAACUGGCAAAACUUAAACUUUCAGAUGGAGCUACAGGAAGCAGUACUAAUGGAGAAAGUGCCUUUUUAACUACAGCUCUUCCCAAAGAGCCACAAUCAAAUGAUGUUGACAAUGAGUCCGUAAUUCCACACAGACUAAAGGAUCGGAGAGGAAGGGAUGCAAGUAAGGCCCCAACUUCUGACAAUAAAUUCAACUCUCCCUCAAAUGUAGAAUCUCAAUCCAAGCCGUGUUCUCCUUCAAAUGUAAUUAGUAAUGACUCUUCCAGGUUCAACAAAGAGAAACCAGUUUUUCCAUUCAAGAAAGAACAGAUUAGCAGCAAGUUUGAGGUGGAAGCAGUGGAAAAACAUUCAAAGGGACUUCCACCCAAGCCUGCCGUACCAGGAGGUAUUUUACCUCUGUUGCCCCCAAAAAUGGCACCUAAAGGAGACAAGAAGCUGAGUGUUGAAGCAAGUAAAAUUUCACAGUCAAAAGGACUUGAAACUGGGCCCAAGACAAUAGCAGGUGAAAUUGCAAGGCCUAAUCUGAAGCCUGUGGGAAGACCGGCAAAAUCAAAGCCCGAUACAGAAGACAAAUCAGUGGAAUCAUCCCCAAAUCUACCACUAAAGCCAAGACCUCUAUUGAGACCUAAGCCACUUCCCGUCAUGAAAGGUGAAAGUCAGCCUGAAUCUGAAGUUGAUAUCUCCAACCUGAGAAGUAAGUUGAGAAGAGCAAAACUGCCAGACAAAAUGGGGGAGCAGGACUCUUCCCAGAAUGUUGUUGGCAAUCAAAACUGCUCAAAUAAUCAAUCUUCUAUAGAUACGUAUAGCUCUCAUGGAAAUGUAGAAAAUGAACCUCAACUGAAGCAAGACUUAGGAAUGAGCUCUAAGAUAAGUGAAAUGAAGGUUAUUCAGGGAGAACAAAAUGGCCUUGAAAGUGAACAGAAUCAUAGGGAUGAUCCUAGUAUCACUGAAGAAAAAGCAGGUAUUUCAAAGAGUUUAAAGCCAAUUGAGAAGAAAGCAGAUGACGCUCAACUGAAAGGCCCGACUUCCACACACAAAGAAGGUCCACCUCGACCAGUUGUGCCACCAAGAAGACCCCCACUGCCAAAGAAAACCUCAAUAGAAUCUGCGGAUAUGAAGGGUCAUCAGAAAGAUGCAGCUGAGAACAAACCCCCCUGGGGACAAAAUAAGCCUUUCAUAGCUCCACCAAGAUUUAAAUCAGGUUCAUCUCAUGAACAUGGCAAAGAUGAUAUUAAAGCUAGGGGAGGUGCAAAGGAGCUGCUCCCAGUAAAAGGAGCUGUUCCAUCCAAAGUUCAUGAACAUAGAAAAGAACCAAUUGUUCCUUCAAAAGUAACAGAAAGACAGGCAGAAAAAAUAGAACCAGGGAAAGAGAAGAUUAGUGCUGCAUCCGUCAAUUUAAAUCUGCCCAAAGAUGAAGAAUCCUCAAAACCAUGCCUUUAUGUAGCUCUUGCAGAUUUUGCAGGAGAUGAGGAGACCGCUGGAUUUAAGGAGGGAACUGUUUUUGAAGUAUUUGAAAAAAACGCCAAUGGAUGGUGGUAUUGUAAAAUCCUAAAUAGCGAGCCAAUUUGGGAGGGCUGGGCCCCUUCCAAUUAUUUAGUCAGAAAAUAAGUACUGUAUCUUAGUAUAGGUGUUUUUUACACUGCAAGAUGCUUUUUCAUAUGUAAUAUUUAAUUAGCUCAUUAAUUUAUAGGUUUAAGCUUUCUAAAAGCAACUUAAUACAUUCCUUAUAUAACUUCAACCCAAGUUGGAACAACAUGAAGUGCAUGGCCUCAAAGUACAAGAUUUCAGUAAUUAUUACAUAUUUUACAUACUUUUAUUUAACAUUACUCCAUUUAGUCACGAUGGUCUGCCAGUCAUCACCCAAGAGCAAACAAAUACUUUGUUUGGAAAACAUGGUAGUAAUUAUGGUACUGGACUCGCAGCUGAGAUCACAGCAUGGCAAUCUGUCAGAUUGUCGUAAAAAUUCAAAUAGAUCACAAACAUCCUUGAAGUAAGAAAGCUAACCAGCCUUACUUAACCUGACCUGAAUGUCCACAUUAUGUGGUUAACUCAUAAAGCCUUCUGAGAUGGCCAUUCGGUUAUACACAAUGUUGCUGUGGAAUAGUAACCCAACAUGAAGAAAAGAAUUGAAAAAAAAUCAGUGCUUAUCCAGGUUAUUUAAAAUGAUUUUUUCUAAUUGACAAGGAAGUAAGAAUGUGUUGCUUUAUUGCCAGUUAACUGUGCAGUUGAAUACAUAAACAAAAUCUUGAGAUUUGCAAAAUUCCAACAGCAUAAAGGUUCAUACCAAUUGCAGGCAUCUUGUAAUAUAAAUCUGGUACGAGCAAAUUCUGCCAAAAAAAAUUGUUGUUCCUCCUUAAAUGAUAUCAUUACUCUGCAUCACUUCUUGUAUUUUUUUUUUCUUUUAUAUUGUUGUAUUGUGCAACGGUAGAUUAUGUAGUUAUGAAACACCUUAGUUAAUAUACAGCCAUGUCAAGAGGGACACAGUAGCUUAGCCACUGAUAUAAUGCACGUAAAGAUUAAAAAUCAGUUAUACACACAGGUAACAUGUAGAGUCUGUUGUAGAACUUUCCUACAAAAGACAGAGCAUAUACAUUUCUGUAUUCAAUACUUAUUGUGAAACCUAACUACAUACAGUUAUGUUGUUGGUAUACUUCCAAUACCUCGAACGACAAGGAGUUAUUUUGUUUGAAAGAUAAGUGGGUGGAUGACACUUUAAUCCAAUUAGCUGUUUGAUGAUCUUUAAUGAUCAGGAGGAUUUGCUAAUAGGUUUAAUAUUGAAGCAAGUUCACUGUUACAAAGAGUGUACUGAGAACAAUGAUGAACAGAAUUUAAACUGACUAAUGCUUCUCUAUUCAUUUUUGUUGCACAAAUUAUGCUUUUGGCUAAUCCCUCAUGAAUGUAAACUACAUGGGGUCUUUACAAGGUAAUAACUAAAACACAUUAGUUGUAAUGUAGUGUAGACUUCAUCGAACAUUUAUUGGGCUUGUUUGCUUUAAGAGGGCUUGACUGGUAUCAAGCAUUAACUCUGAAGCAAGAGACUUGAAAUGUGAAACAUGCUUUUAAAAAUUGUUAACAUGACUUCUCUUAAUAAAGUUGAAAGGCAUUUGAAAGUAGCAAAAGUAAAAUACCUCACAUUUGAACCAGGGAACAUGAACAUUCUCCUAUCAUGCAACACCAAGAAAGAAUGUUUAAACAAACACAAUUCAAAAAUAAUGUACUUUGAUUUGAUUAUGAUGAAACAACAUUUUAAGAACAUCCAUACAAUGUGUAUGCAGCACUGGAGAUUACAUUGGUCCCACACCCAUUCCUAUUCAAUAGCUUUGCUUUUGCCUUACAGUGGGCAGCAUCUGAAGCACCUAAAUCCACUGCCACCUAGUAUUGUAGAAUAAAUAUCAAAUAACACAUGAUUGUGGUGAAUAUAUUUUAUCCAUGCACUUCACGCCUACACUGGUUUGUAAAUGUUGCCAUUGACACUGUAGGUGACAUUACCAAAUGCCACUGGAAUGGAAGCUUGACCAGGGGAAUUUCCGUAUCUGUUUCUGUGAGUUUGCAUACGAGAAGGAGGUGUAUAUUACAUAUUACAUUUUGAUAUCUAGAAAACUACAUUAAGUGCCAAAACAUUUGUGAUUAAUAAAUUUGUAUCGGGUCACUAAAUCUCAGCUUGCGAAUACAGCAUGUCAUGUGCUAUUCCUGUAAUAUACUGAAGCAAAAGAAAAGCCUAACAAGUAUGCAUAUCCCAUCUAAGGUUUGAAUCUUAAUAAAUUGGACGACACAAGACCUUACGUUUUUUUCAAUAAUCAUUGAAGCUAUUUUUAUAAUUGCAUUGCUAACUGGUUUUGCAGAAAAGAAGAUCCGUAUUAAUAUUGCUUACCCUGGUAAAAUCAUUAGUUCAUCUCCCUUAAUUUCAUCACAUACAGUACACAUCUGAGCAAUGGAUAAAAUUCAGUGUUCAGAAAGGCUUUGCUAUGGAAUUAAUGGCUACUCUAACCAGAAGGCCCAUCCCAUUAGCAAAAAAUUUCAAACUAAAUGGUUUUCCCUAUUGCCAUACAAGGCUAUUAUUUCAUAAUAAUCUUAUAGACUUUUGUUGCAUUACCUACCGUCAACCAUAUCCAUCACUACUCACUGUACAAAUAGAUUACUGAGACCAGUCAUUCAUUUGAAUUGCAUAAUGCUUCUCUUUGAAUUCUUGUUACACAGAUAAUACUUAAAGUGGAAGUAAACUCGUGAGUCAAAUACUGUAAAUGGUAGGUGCUUAUUACAAACCCGUUCACCUAAUUAGCUAGGCAUAUAUAUUUACAAUUAUGCUAAGUGCGGGAUUUCCCUAUUGGAAGUUGAGGACCCUCACAAUGAACAUCAACUUCCCAGUAGCAAAUUACAGUAAGCCACUGAUACAUACUUGAAAGCAGUUAAUCUGCUAUUGCAUAGCGCAUGAUACGUGGGUUAACCCAAAGAGAGGGGGAGAAUGUGAACCAGGAAGGAAUCAAAAUUUAUGGGCGAUCAUCAUGCAGAAGGAUACACUGCUUAGUUGUUUCAAUUCAAUGUUCUGCUAGGAUUAUUAGGAAUAAUUGAUAGUGUGAAGCACCUAUAGAUGUUUUCCAGCAUUAGCGGUGCUAUAUAAAUGCAAAUUGUUGUUGGGAAUGAAAGUUGGUAUUGGUGCAGAGAGUGGUUGUGAAGUUUGAAUUUGGACCCCUUCAGAGUUUUGCACUGCAUCUGAUCUAGACCAUGAUGAUCUAAGGGCAAUUCAUGUUGUCAGAGAAUACAAAGUGGAAACCUCCCAUUUCAUAACACUGACAUUCUUCAUCUUCAUAAGCAUGUUUACACAAAAAAUAAUGAUAAGAAACAGGGUUUUAUGUUUUAACAUGUAUUACCUCUGUAAAAGUCCACUGAACAGCAAUGAAAUCCUGACCAUUAAGUGAAAUAACGAUGUCCUGUGUUGAUCUUUGCAGUUGACAGGAAAAAUAUAUGUUGGAAAGUAUAACAGCUGACUUAAGUAUGAAGGGAUUUUGGCCUUGCUGUCACAUAUGCCAUAAUUCUGUUCAGUUGUCUGUUAUUCAGAUACCGUUACUGUAGAAAACAUUACUAAUGAUAAACUGUCAAUUUGAAUUUUAGAGAAGCGUUCUCAAAUUGCAACUGUUUUUUUGUUACAAAGGUUUAUUUUGUAGAACAUUAAUAAACACUUACAGCUUUUGUUUUAAAUAUUUCUUGUACGCUGUUUUUGGAAAACGUGGUGUGAAUUCUGUGUUGAAACUCGUAUCGCACUUCAUUUUAAUUAAAGACUUUGUGUUAAAAAUA